AUGAGGGUCUACCUGUAUCAGAUGCGCCCGGUGCUGUUCCUUUUCUACAUCGUGGAGACCGCGGCCAAUAUGUUGCUGAUCCAUUAUUAUCUGAAAACGUUCGUGUUCGUCAACUUGGCCUUGAUGGGUUGGGGCGACUUCGUUAACCAAUACUUGUAUAUGCUUUGCUUUUACAUUUUCACGGUGCUGACGACCUUUGCCAGCAUAAAUCUGUGCACCGGCAACCAUUGUUCGAUCGUCGAGGAAGUAGUGCGACCAUUGCUCGGGUUCGUUACCUAUACGAUCUGCUCUCUGAUGGUCCUCAGCGAUGCCCAGUCGGACAUCUAUGUUCUGUACUCCGAUAAGAAACCAGAUGAUUUACUAAUGCCCGAGAAGCCAAUGCAUCCGUAUUUCGAUAAUAUAAGGCUCCAGGCGACGAUCUCUUUGGUGAUCAGUGUGAUUUUCCUGCUGCACUGUCUCAUCGCAUUGGAUGUCCUGCUGUCCAACGAGGACUCGGAUGAUGAACGUUCGUCGGAUAACUCUCAACCCUCCGAUCCCUCCGACGAUAUUGUCGAUGAGCUGGACUACGUCCCGGUGCGUCUCUAUGUUUUGGGAGGAGUGGCGCAACGCUGGCUGGAACAGUACCAGUGGUUCCAGGACUUUACCCGCUCUGGAGUCUCAAAUAUCUGA